CUUGAAUGAUCGAUGUUUCUAUUCGGCGCUUUAAUUAAACAUUUGUUUUUCUUAAAUUUAUUAUUAAUUUUAGAAAGUGUGUUAAAAUAUGAUUGAAGAAGAGGAUACAGAAGUUAUAUUGGAGGGAGGAGAGCUUUAUAGAUAUUUGGAGUCACAAGGUACAACUAUCGAAGAUGUGUAUUCUUCUUCUUCUAAGCAAGCAGCUGAACCGAAAUUCUCAACUGAAAAUUUUUCAAAUGUAAAUUCUUUUGUACCUGAUGAAAUAUUAAAUAUUGUGAAUAUGAUACUUAAGAGUGAUUUGCUAUUAGAAGAAGAUGCUAGCUAUUUGUUUAAAAGGUUUUCAGAACUUUUGCCCCAAACUCAAAGGAGGAUACCAUAUAAAUUGAUAAUACCUGGAAUGAUAAUAGGAAUAUCUGCUUAUGGCUACUGGAAAUUUGGUUUAAGGAAAGUAUGUACCUCCAUCAUAGCAUGUAAUACUGUUUAUUUAUUUUCUGGAAUAAGUAAUCUAUUCAACCAUCUCAAGCAAAGAGAAAAAAUAAAACGAAUACUUUCCGACUUAAAACACAUUACAACUUAUAUAAGGAAAAACAUAAAAGUAGUUCAAGAGGAAGAUUCAUUAAUUUAUUCAAAAGAAAAAGUUCAACAGUUGAGGAAUGAUGUAAACGUGAUAAAUGAACACACACUGAGUAGGAAAAAACUUGAAAUUUUCAUAAUCUGUCAAAAAUUAAUUCAAAUUUUAAAGAAUUUAAUAUUGCUAUCAAGGAAUAUUACAUUGACUAUUCUAAAAAUGCAGGGACAGAAAUCAUUGGAAUGCAAUCUUUCCUAUAUUGCGUUAUAUUCAGAUGAACAACUAGGAAUAAACAAAUAUGGUGAAGAAGUUGACGAGGAGACUAAUGUUUUGCCAUAUAUUGAUGUUUUGAGAAAUGUUUACUUACUGAUCCAGUCUGAAACAUUAAGAGAAUUUGGAUUGUAUUCAUGUGGAUUAAAGAAUGCCAAAGAAAUAUUAUCACUGAAUGAUCUACUAAAUCAGUAUAGGUCUAAAUCAUCAGAAAUCUUAUUAGGACUAAAACAAAUUUAUAAUAAACAUUUUUAUCCAUCAUUUCUUCCAAAAAAAGUUAAAUCUGUUAAUAAAAAUAUGAAAUAUCUAGGUAAUAUAAUUAAUAUUAUUUCUUCUUCGUUAAAUAGUCUUUUAAUUGAUUCAAGAAAUUUGGAAAAUUUUAUUGAUGAAAAUACAGAUGAAAUUGAUCUUGAUUCCAGCCAGAAUAUUGGCUUAAAACUAUUAAAUAUGGAAAGAGAAGUAGCGUACUUAACACAGUAUAUUCAUACAUCAGCCCAACAAUUUUUGAAGAAAAAUAACUAUUUUAACCAAAAUUUAUCUCAAAUUUCCCCUAAAAGCGAAGAAAGAAUAAUAAAAACAGAAUGUAUGGUUGGUACAUCAGAUUUUUCUGUUAGUGGACAAGAUGAAGUAUUUCUAGGCCUAGUUGAAGGUAGUGAAAAUAUAAAAAAUGAUGACUAUAUUGCCGAAUAUGAAAAACCAGCUGGCCUUGGUAUUUUACUUAAUGAAUUGAAAUCCGCUUUAAUUACUAAACGUGAAGAAUUCGAACGGAGAGAAAUUAACGCUUUAAAAUCUCUUGAAGACAUCCAAAAUUAUAAAUUAUGCACUUCUGAGAGUAGUAAAAUUUGUGUUUCAAAAAUUGAAAGUAAUUCUAUCCAAAACAACAAAUCAUAUGCUUCUGGAAGUAGUAAAAUUUCUGUGAUACCAAAAACAGAAAGUAAUUCAACACAAUGUGCAUCUUCUUCAAAAUAUGAAUUUCCUGAAGAAGUUAGAAGUGCUAUUCCAUCAGAUAAAGACCUAGCAAUAAAAGCUAGUCAUUUUUUAAAAUCAUGGAACAAAAAUACUACUGGUGAAUGCUUUGGCGAUGAAAUUGAUGACGAUGAUGAUUAAGACCUGUUAAGGCCACUCACUAUUAGCCAUAAUUUAAGUGUGUCAAAUAGCGGAAAACAAUGUGCCAUCUAUUGGUCUCCAUAAUCCAGCAUAUGUCUAGCUAGACCAUGUAAAAGAAGUGGCCAGGAAGAGGCAGUAUGGAUGUCAGAGAUACCAACACAUGACACAAUGUUCAGAGAUGUCAGAAGGCAGUCCUUCGAUGGGAGAAUUCAACAUCAUCCUUCCACCAGCCAGAAUCUACAUUUAUCUAGUCAGUAUCUAUUAUUAACAAAUAGAUACUAUCUCAUUAAUCACAAUGUAUAUUUUGGUACCCUCAAUCAAUAACUGUUUAUUUCAUAUCUAUUUAAUGUUAACUUUAUUUUGUUCAUUUUACAAUCCACUUAAAAACCCCCUUCUGAUCAUAUUUAGCAUACAGGUUUGAUUCUCUCUAUUUCAGGAUUAGGGAAGGCCUGAUGCCCCAAACAAGACUUAAUUUUAUCUUCUAAAAUAAUUUAUUUAUAAUGAUUUAAUUUUCAAACUUCAUAUUGAGUUAACGUAUUUAUGUUAUAAUUUUAUAAUAGUAUAAUUAUAUAUGUUGGGAAUAUUUUAUUAAAUCAUAUAAUAUUUGUAAGAAAAUUACUUAAUUACUUAGACUGUGAUAACACCUGUGAAUUAUAAGACUAUACCAGUGAUAUACAUUUUUUUAUACAUAAGAAAUAAACAUUUUUUUUUUUAUUUUUUAUUAU